AUUUUAUUGACGUGCGGUACGAAGCUGCGAAGAAGUGCCGUGCUUAAAUUAUGUGUAUGCGACAGUGAAAAUUUUGCUGUUGUUGUAAACUAUUUCAUCUCAUUGAAUUGCUUUACAAAACCCAGAAACUGGAUACGACGGAUUCAGCUCCAACGCCCAACCUGAAGAACACCAGUACCUCAUCUCGCACCUGGAUGAGGCUUUCGGCCAGUGAAAUUGAAGGAUUCAUCUCUGCAGCCUUCAAUGCCAGUAAUUUGCUUGAUUUGACACAAUGAAUUACCAAGAAACAACAGAGGAUUUAAAUACAUUUGUCGACAAAUUAGCCAACCUGAUAAAUGAUACUUUCAAAUCCUGCAUAAAGAACUAUGAUACAUUACUGCCGUUCCUUAAUAAAAAGGAAAUAAAUGGUAAAAUACAUCACAGAUUAGUAUUUGUUAAUAUACUGUUGAACAAGUUAAAUGAAGAACUUUCAGGACUUAUAACUGAAUAUGUAACUGUGUCACCAUAUGAACAAAAAGGAGAGACUGUUCUGUUUGAAGGAGGGAGGAGGAGAAGAAAGUCCCAUAUGCUGAAGUUAGACGGACAACAGACUGAAAGUAAAAGUCCAUAUUCCAAUAAUAGAAAGUGUUCCAUUGCUUUAACUUCACAAACUGGAAUCAAUAUACAAUCAGAUAAUUUAUUAUUAAUUGGUACUGAAAAAGCAAUUAAUACACAGCCACAGAAAUUGGACAUGCAAGAGAAGAAAAAUGUAAAAACAGAAACACAAGAUUCAAAUAAAUUUGAAGGAGGUACGAAGAGAAUAAUGUCUGAUGUGGUUGAUUUAGACAGACAUGAGACCAAAAGUAUAAAAAUGGAAUUGCCAUUUUCCGGUAAUUCGAAGUGUUCCAUUCCAUUAACUUCACAGACUGGAACCAAUAUAAAACCAGAAAAUUUGGUAUUAAGGGAUAAUGAAGAAACAAGUAACACACAAGCACGGAAGUCGAACAUGCAAGAGAAGAAAAAUAUAAAAACUGAAGCACAAGAGUCAAAUAAAGCUGAAGAAGGUAGAAGGAGAAUAAUAUAUGAUGUGCUAGAUUUAGGCAGACAUGAGACCAAACGUAUAAAAGUGGAUGUGCCAUUUUCUGAUAAUGCCAAGUGUUCCAUUCCAUUAACUUCACAGACUGGAACCAAUGUAAAAUCAGAGAAUUCACUGUUAAGGGAUAAUAAAGAAACAAGUAAUACACAGGCACUGAAGUUGGAUAUGCAAGGGAAGAAAAAUAUAAAAACAGAAACACAAGAUUCAAAUAAAGUCAAAGGAGGCAGGAAGAGAAUAACAAGCGAUGUGCUUGAUGUAGGCAGACACGAGACCAAAAGUAUGAAAGUGGAAGUGCCAUUUUCUGAUAAUACCAAAUAUUCCAUUCCAUUAAUUUCACGGACUGGAACCAAUAUAAAGUCAGAGAAUUCAGUAUUAAGGGAUAAUGAACAAACCAGUAAUAUACAGGCACAAAAAUCAAACAUGCAUGCAAAGAAAAACAUAAAAACAGAAAUACAAGAAUCAAAUGAAGUUGAAGAUAUACAUGAAUUCCCCAUAACUAGUUGUCAGAUUCCUGUGGCUCACAACUUGUAUGACACUACAAAUAAUGGAGCAACAGUUCAUUUUGCUGGUGAUGGGGUAAAUGCAUCUGUUGUAGAUAGACAUGUAGUGGGUAAUGUGUGUAAUACACCUUUCAACACUCUUACUCACAGUGAAAAUAAUGAAACGUGUGUUCCAUUACUAAAUGUAGGAAGUGAGACUAGCAGUCAGGAGAAAUGUGAAAACACUGACAAUGUUCUUAGUAAAGAUCAUAACAUUUACAGAGGACUGCGAGAAGAAGUUGGCUGUACCACUUCUCUUUCUGCCCAUGCAAAAAGAUCAUUUGACAGUAAAGAACCUCCUGUUACUUUCAGUACUUGUGAUAAUCAAUCUGCUGUGUUACUAGGAGGGAGAGAAAAUAGCUUUUAUGGGGGAUGGAGAGAAGCUCCUCAUUGUCCUAGAACAUAUAUAAACGGUGAUGUCCCUGCUCAGAGAUCAGAGGAAUGGUGUAGAGCAGAAGAUUCACUAUAUGGUGUCAUAAAGAUCAGGAAUGGGAUGUAUAGAUCUUCACUUUUUUGUGACAUGGCAGUGUUUGGUCAUGUGAGAGGAAAGCAGUAUAAAAGAGCACGAAUAACUGCCAGGAGAGAGAGAAAAUUGGAGAAUUUGAUAUUAAUUGAUAGAACAGUAACAAGUGAUACAGAGGAAGAUAAUUUGUUGUACAUGCUUGCAAAGAAAAGCAUAAAGAUGAAACUACAAGAUUUAAAUAAAGUUGAAGGAGAUGAGAAGAGAAGAAUGUCUGAUGCACUCGAUUUAGGCAGACAGGAGACCAAAAGUAUAAAAAUGGAAGAGACAUUUUCUGAUCAUAAAAAGUAUUCCAUCCCUUUAACUUCACAGACUGGAAUCAAUAUAAAGUCAGAUAAUUUGGCAUUAAUGGAUAAUGAAGAAACAAGUAAUACACAGACACAGAAGUUGGACAUGCAUGUGAAGAAAAACAUAAAAUCAGAAGUACAAGAAUCAAAUGAAGUUGAAGGUAUACAUGAAUCCCUCAUUACUAGUCAUCAGAUUCCCGUGGCUCAACAGAGAGCAAAUAGCCGUAUUGAGGGAGGGAGAAGAGCUCCUCAUUGUCCUAUAAAAUAUGAAAAAGAUGAUGUACCAGUGCAGAGAUCAGAGGAAUGGUGUAGAGCAGAAGAUGCACUGUAUGGUAUCACAAAAAUCGAGGAUGGGAUAUAUAGGUGUACAUUGUGUGAUUGUGAACUUGUUUGUGGUAUGUCAGUGCUUGGUCAUGUGAGAGAAAAGCAGCAUAAAACAGCACAAAUAACUGCCAUGAAGAAUGAUUGUACCAAAGGGCCUGAAGUUCCAAAUAACAGUUGUGGAGGUGAACUUGUUAACUACCAGGCAGAGGAGGAUCAUAUGAAAGGAAAGAAGCAUAAAAUAAAACAAGAAACUGCUGAAAAGAACAGUUGUCCCAAAGAGUUUGAAAUUUCAAGCAACAGCUCUGAAAGUACUACACCUGUUUCUUUGUGUUCAGCUGUUUCUUGCUCACUUGCUGACAGUGUUGCUAUUGUAGAGGAUCGACAUCAGGUAAUGUCAGUGAAACGUUCAGUUAUGUUAAAUGAUAUAUGGACAUAUUUUUAUGCACCAUUCCACAUUAACAAACAGUUCAUCAGGUUUCAUUCGAGGCAAAUAAUCUGCUCCCUUUGUUGGGAACAAGUAGGAAGAUACAUAUUAAAUAUAAGGGUACACAUUUCUAGCUUAAGUCAUCUUGAUCGGGUAAAUAUAUUACGAAAUAUUGAACUGAAAAAUAAGUCAUCCAAUAAACAACUAUUGGAUAUACCAGGCAGUCUAAAGAACAUUGUUCCUGCUACUCAGUUUAGCUUGAGAAACAAUGGUUUCUUUUGUAGUGUGUGCAACUGUUUCUGUGAAAAAGCACUUAUAUUAAGUCAUAUGACAGGUGCAAGCCAUGGCAGAAAGCUAGAUGAAAUGAAAAACUUGGUAAAGAGCUAACAACUGUAACAGUGUGAGAAAGUUGAAAUGAUGAAUUAAAAAUGUGUGAGAUUUUGGUGUUAAUUUUACUGUAUAUAUAUUAUUUCCUUUGAUUGUUUGUUAAUGUAGUGUGAUGACUAUUGCUUAAGCUGCCAAGGCAGAGAUUGGAUAGCUCCAGAGUCCAGUCAUCUAAUAUUAAGAUUUUUUUAUUACAUAAAAAGAAAUACUCUUCUGUAGCAAAGUUUUAUAUGGCUCAACUGUUUAGUCGGACGAAAGAACUUGUGGUAUUAUAGCCAGAAUCAGGAUUAUUUUGUCCUCCCCCCUUUUCCUUCUUUCCAUCACCCCUUCCCACAUCUCUCUCUCUCUCUCUCUCUCUCUCUCUCUCUGUAUCUAUCUAUCUGUCUAUCUUUAAAUUUACAACUGCAUACCAUGGAAAUAACAGGAAGGUCAGUGUACAGUUAUUUAAUUUGUCACAUGUUGUAAAUGUGUAUUCAAUCAGUCUGCUGAUAUGUACUGAUUAUUAUUAGAGAUUGAGUGUCUGCCAAAGAAAAGUGAAGAAAGAAUUGCAUCACACAACAGUUAUCCAAAAGAGUCACCAAGGGUAUCAUUUUUAUGGAGGCGCCAUUGGGUAAAGUGAGAUGAAAAUUAACAAUGAGACAAGUAUGCAAGAUAAAUUGAAAACAUCAAACUUAUUUAAAGGGAAAAAGUAAUUUACCAAGGAACAGCUGAUGGAUAUAUUAGUUAAAGUUUUCAAGCGCAGUACCUUGUCAACAGCAGGUUUAAACUUGUUGUGAAGAGUAUGUCUCUACCAAGUUUCAUGUGACUCUUGCCUUGCAUAUGGCUUAUUUCUCCUGAUACACACUUACUUAAGUUCAUAUCACUGUGUGUUGUUUAAUUAGUUUGUAGUUAUUUGCUUGGAUGUUCCAGUGACCAUAUAUUGUAAGAUUACUUUUUGUAGAUGAAUUUGUCAUUCAUUUAGAUAAGAUAGUGUUUCCCCCUCUUGCCGGUGUUGCUACAUGCCAGCCAUUUGCUCAGAUAUCUUAUAUGUAUAAACUUAUUAUCUAUUCAAAAUUUUCAAGAAAGGGGAUUCCUGAGUUGGAAUGCUUUCAGUUAGUCUGUAAUGUUAUUUUCAUUAAAAAAUGUAUUAUUUGGAAGGUAGAAGAUGACAAAUUGUUAUAGUUAUGUAUUCCAUUCCUUUUUACAACAUAUUAUAAUGAUAAUUGUGUGCUCCUCUUCUCCUCAUAUAAUUCCUUAAGUUCAUCUAAACAUCACUGGCUUGCCCUGCUCUAAGUUCCAUCUGACUUACCAGUGUAACUGGUGCCCCAGUAGUUACAGCACUGGACACACAUUUGGUAGUAGCAGAGUUAAAAUUGCAUUUGGACCACGCUGAUGUAAGUACUGCGUACUUAACACAAAUAUCUUGAGUAACUGCAAGGAUUGCUCCAAUCUGAGUGUGUGCCAGUCUUUAAUGGCCUCAUCAGCUGGAUUUUAAUCUCUAAUCUCUCUUUCUUCCCAUUCUUCCUGCCAUCCAUACUUUCUAUAUUAUACCCUCACAUCGAGUUCUUUCCUGUAUAUGACAUGCUGUUCUUUCUACAUUCUUAAUGAUUCUGGUCAUUCUCCAUUCACACUGUUUCUUGAUUUAAACCCAAACACCCCACACCCCUAUAUUGGGCUAAAUGCACAAUGAAUUUGUUUCACACACAAUAUUAAACAAUCAAAUUUAUACAAAAUGAGUGUCAAAUUUGUUCACAAGUCAUUGUAUAAGUAGUAAGUCAUAUUUGCACUGUAUUUUUGAGUGAUUCCUGAUUAUUAGAACCACUAGAUCAAGUCAAGAUAUUUUUUCCUCCUCUCAAAGCAUCUAUCAGAGAAGUAGUUGUGCCAUGUAAUGAGUGUAAUGAUGGUGUUGCUAAUGUAAACAAUGUCAGUCUCAUUACAAUUCAUAUUUAUGUAACCAAACUGACUGCUAUAAUACAUAGAAUAAGAAUAUGGCUUGUAUAAUGUCUUUUUACUGUGUGAUUUGAAGACAACAUAUAGAGGGUUUUAAUUCUUUAUUUCUGGUGGAGAGCAAUUAGAAUUAUCACAAUUGGUUUUAAAAAGACAAAAGAGUGAAAAAUACUCAAAUAUUGUCAAAUACAGUGAUAGUGGCUUCAUGGCAUUGCAGUUAAGCGACAUCCCACACUACAGUCAAUAAGACUGAAAGGGAAAGCAGUGAAUAAGCCCACAGUGUAGCACUCAUCAGAAACAGCGACAAAGUAGACAUGAUUAUUAUUAUUGUUAUUAUUAUUAUUUUAAGGAGACAGUCAUCAGAUUGUCAAGGGCAGACUAUGUGGUGGUGACAAUGGUUGUGCACACACUCUCUCAUGAUGGAAUGUGGCUGAUUCAAACUCCUCUGUACUACUGAGAUGGUGGAUGCAACCACAGAAGAAAAAUUAAAUUUGUAUCAGCAAAUUUAACUGUGUAUUUUGUGUGCUUACUAUGUGGUAACUUUAAAGACAGAGUUUAGUUUGUUAUUAUGUGAGACAAUAAAUAGUUGUUCAAAGCAGUCAAAAAGACAUCCAGUUUCAGUGACUCACAAGCAACAUCUUCAGUUCAUACUGUCACCUAGAACCCUUUCAGUUUUCCAGUGUUCACACAUUGUAGUCUGUAAAUUUAAUCUUGAAAUAGAGUAUUUGGGGGUACAAAACGAGUCAUGUUACACAUUAAUGUGCAGAAGUAGCUGCACCUCACUACUUCUGUGGAGUAUACUAAUAACAAUUAUGGCAAGUCCUACUCAACUGAUGCCAAUAAUUGUUGCAAUUAUUUUAUGCAAAUUAGCAGAAA